AACAACGGUGAUAAUUGGACUGAUGACGACGGUAAUGGUGUUGAUGUUGGCGAUGCUGAUGAAGAUGGUGAUGACGAUGGUGGCAGUGAUGAUGACUAUGACGAUGGUCACUGAAACGAUACACACUUUUGUUGAUUAGGU